ACGGGUGUCUGCCCGGCGGGGGGCGGGGCCGCAUGAGUGAGUGAGUGCCGCGCGCUUCCCGCCCCUGCGUGCAGACUUGUGUGCCGCGCGCUCGGACCGGACCGAACGGCGGAGGCGCCUCCCGUAACCCCGCAGACAUGCUCCGCUUGCCCGCAGUGCUCCGUCACGUCAGGCCGGUGUCCAGAGCGCUCGCCCCGCACCUGACGCGGGCGUAUGCGAAGGAUGUGAAGUUCGGUGCGGACGCCCGAGCCCUCAUGCUGCAGGGAGUGGAUCUGCUGGCGGAUGCUGUCGCCGUCACCAUGGGGCCGAAGGGAAGAACAGUUAUUAUUGAACAAAGCUGGGGGAGCCCCAAAGUGACAAAAGAUGGUGUGACAGUGGCAAAGGCAAUCGACUUAAAAGACAAAUACAAAAACAUUGGAGCCAAGUUGGUUCAAGACGUUGCCAACAAUACAAAUGAAGAGGCAGGAGAUGGUACUACUACUGCAACGGUACUUGCACGUGCUAUUGCCAAAGAAGGCUUUGAGAAGAUCAGCAAAGGAGCUAAUCCAGUGGAAAUCAGAAGGGGGGUGAUGCUUGCAGUUGAUGCUGUUAUAGCUGAACUGAAGAAGCUGUCUAAACCAGUUACAACUCCAGAAGAAAUUGCACAGGUUGCCACAAUAUCAGCGAAUGGAGAUCAGGAAAUAGGCAAUAUAAUUUCUGAUGCCAUGAAAAAGGUCGGCCGGAAAGGUGUAAUCACUGUCAAGGAUGGAAAAACUCUAAAUGAUGAAUUAGAAAUCAUUGAAGGUAUGAAGUUUGACCGAGGCUACAUCUCUCCAUAUUUCAUUAAUACAGCCAAAGGGCAGAAAUGUGAAUUCCAGGAUGCUUACGUUUUAAUCAGUGAAAAGAAGAUUUCCAGUGUACAGUCCAUAGUUCCAGCUCUUGAAAUUGCCAAUAGUCACCGCAAACCUUUGGUCAUUAUUGCUGAAGAUGUUGAUGGAGAAGCCCUCAGCACUCUAGUCUUGAACAGGCUCAAGGUUGGUCUUCAGGUUGUUGCUGUAAAAGCACCAGGUUUUGGUGACAACAGGAAAAACCAGCUUAAGGAUAUGGCAAUUGCUACAGGUGGUGCUGUGUUUGGAGAGGAGGGCUUGAGCCUAAAUGUAGAAGAUAUUCAGCCUCAUGAUUUUGGAAAAGUUGGAGAGGUGAUUGUGACCAAAGAUGACACCAUGCUUCUAAAGGGGAAGGGUGAGAAGGCUCAAAUUGAAAAACGCAUUCAAGAAAUUAUUGAACAGCUAGAAGUCACCACAAGUGAAUAUGAAAAAGAGAAACUGAAUGAACGAUUGGCCAAACUAUCUGAUGGGGUAGCAGUAUUGAAGGUUGGCGGCACAAGUGAUGUUGAAGUAAAUGAGAAGAAGGACAGAGUUACUGAUGCCCUGAACGCGACCCGUGCUGCUGUAGAGGAAGGCAUUGUUCCAGGCGGUGGAUGUGCAUUGCUUCGCUGCAUUCCAGCAUUAGAUGCCUUAAAACCAGCCAACGAGGAUCAGAAAAUUGGCAUUGAAAUAAUUAAGAGAACACUGAAAAUUCCAGCAAUGACUAUUGCAAAGAAUGCAGGUGUUGAAGGAUCAUUAAUAGUUGAAAAAAUACUGCAGAGUCCAUCAGAAGUUGGCUAUGAUGCAAUGCUUGGGGACUUUGUAAAUAUGGUAGAAAAAGGAAUCAUAGACCCAACGAAGGUUGUGAGAACGGCUCUGAUGGACGCUGCAGGUGUUGCUUCUCUCUUAUCAACGGCAGAAGCAGUAGUGACUGAAGUUCCUAAAGAGGAAAAAGAGCCAGCAAUGGGAGGAAUGGGUGGGAUGGGUGGAGGAAUGGGAGGUGGCAUGUUCUAAUUCCUGGGGUACUGAUGCAUCAUGAACUGUGCUGUUUAAGACUGACAGUUCUGACUUAAAAACUUCAGAUGUCAGUGUGAGAGGAUGGAUAUUGACUGAAGUGAGGCUGGUGUUUAAAAGAAUCACUGUAACCAUCAGUUACUGGAUUUCAUUUAACACACGUGUAAUUGUUUACAGUCAUUGUCCAUGCCUACAGAUAAUUUAUUUUGUAUUUUUUGAAUAAAGACAUUUGUACAUUCCUGAUAACUGAGUGCAAGAUCCAUCUACCAAGGUUCUGAUUUAAACUUAAUUAAGGCACUUGGUAUUCUGUUUCAGAAUUUAUUGGUGCUUGCCAGAACUAGGAAGAACUUGGAAGCCACUGUGCAUAAGACUAGACAACUGUGUACAAAGUAGAGAAAUACACUCUUAUGUGACCUUCAUGUAAUAAAACAAACUGCGCAAGAGUA